UGCAGCCACAUGCUUAGGGGGCGGGUCUGUUGACGUUUCCGAUCACUAGCAUGUUCUAGAUGUUUUUUUUUUCUUCCGCAGACGGUGACGUAGCUGCAGUUCACACUAGUCCGCAUGUUUUCCCCUCUGGAAGCACCGGAAUACACUGCAGGCUUAACGAACUCAUUCUGGGAUCACUAAACGCUAAACUAACGGAAUAAGUGUUUGGAAAUAAACUCGUGAACGGGAGCUGUUUGAAGGAGCGGCAGAAGGAGAGAUGGUGGAUUACUACAAAAUCCUGGGCGUGCCCAAAACAGCCUCCCAAGAUGACAUCAAGAAGGCUUACAGGAAACUGGCCUUAAAGUGGCAUCCAGAUAAAAAUCCGGACAACAAAGAGGAGGCUGAAAAGAAGUUUAAAGAGCUUGCUGAAGCUUAUGAAGUCCUGUCUGACAAGAGCAAACGAGAUGCAUAUGACAGAUAUGGAAGUGAGGGAAUGAGACAUGCAGAUUCCUCUAGUGCAGACUUCUCCUCAGAUUUCCCAGGGUUUACCUUCACAUUCCGCAACCCAGACGAAGUGUUCAGAGAGUUCUUUGGAGGCCAGGAUCCUUUCGCUAGUUUUUUUGAUGAUUUCUCAUCAUUUGGAGGCUCGUCCUCUCGCUUGGGAACAAAUCGAUUCUUCUCUUUUCCUUCAACUGGAGUUCAGUUUACGUCUUUCUCUUCUUCCUUUGGCGGGAUGGAUGGAAUGGAAAGUAUGGGUGGAGGAAUGGGUAACUUCAGAUCGGUUUCUACCUCCACUCGCAUCGUAAAUGGAAGACGAACCACCACCAAAAAGAUAAAGGAAAAUGGACAGGAACGAAUAGAGAUUGAAGAAGACGGGGUGUUAAAGAAAGUCCUAAUUAAUGGGAUGGAGGAUGACUUGGCCCUUGCUCUGGAAAUCAGCCGCAGAGAGGAGCAGCCGCAGCAGUCCGGCCCGAAACCCCAGAUCCAGAGCAGAUCCACCGAGUCCGACAGACACAGGUCCAGUCCUUACUCGGCAGGACCUCAAAGGUCGUACAGCUCCGCCCCCUUCUACCACUACGAGAGGGAGGAUGAGGAUGAAGAUGAAGACCUUCAGAUGGCUUUGGCUUGCAGCCUGUCAGAAAUGGAGGCUCAACAGAGAGCUGCGGCUAACGACUACAUAUCAGACUCAGACUUCAAGGCCACCAGUUAACCUGUCGGACUCUUGCUGCUGUGCUGAAAAACUCCACUCAAAGGUCAAACCUCAAUUCCCUGCUAUGCACUUUGCUCCAUGCUGCUUUUUCUUAUUUAUGUGCAUCUUUUUAUGUUUGUAGCUCAGUUUGGAGCAGAACUCUGGAAGCUUGAUGAAAACUGAGGAAAGUUAAAACCGUCUGUAAUGAAAUUUUCUCAGAAACUUCAAAUAUUUCUGAAGAAAUUUUUCCAUAUGUAGUUUUUUUUUUGUACGAAAGGUACAUAAUUAUUGAAGCAGGGCAACUGUUUCCUUCUAAAUUAUAUUUGAAAAGAAGUAUUCUGAAAGACACAAAAUAAAUAAAUUAAAAUGUU